AUGGAGUCGGCGAUAGGGCUUCUUUUGUCUGGAUCGGCAGGUUACCAGUUCUUCACGCGCGAAAUGUAUAACAGCGAUCUGGACACGUACUGUGUCUUUGAGGCAUGCGUCGUAGUUGGCCAGUGGUACCUGUCAGCGCAGUAUAUGUUCAGACCAAGAACGCACCAAUUGCCUUCGUUCUCAGCCGACUUCGAACGCAUGAAGGAGGCACAGGACGGCAUAGGUGAUGAAGACACUGAUUACAAUGAUGCCAGUAUCGUUCAGGUUUGGGACUUUGAGAAUAGUACGUUGGAAAGGAUUCAAUUAAUAGCAGCACGGCACAGCGCACUGGAAGUGAUAUUAUCUUUUCAUUCAACAUGUGUGAUGAACUUCAUCUCCCAUCGGGCUGCGUAUUCGUUGUUUCCUCGUACAACUUUCAAACAUAAAGCGAUGCUGGUUGUUGACAACGGGAGAGAGACACCCGGGUCCAAUGAAGGAGUGCAAAAAUAUGUCGAACGUGGGUUGAAAGUGAUUCAUUCGCCAUCUGUCACACGGAUUUUGGACACCACGUCAGAUCUGGUGGCCGUCAGCCCAAGGUUUGUGAAUGAUUCGAGGACGUGGUGUGUGCCAAUCGAAUUUUGUGGGAGCACCGACCCUCAGCCAGAUUUUGUGGAAGCGAAUAGUUUCAAAAUGGAGUAUCACCAUGAGACGAACAAGAUUAUAUGGAUGGCAAUCACAGGGCCGGGAUGUUAA